AUGAAGUUCUGGACUCUGAGGGAGAAAUUCAUCAAAGGAAAUGCUACAACAGAACAGAUUAUGGAAUUUAGGCCAAAGGCCGUGCACUAUGACCUACGAUGUCAUUCAGCGCAGAAAGACAAAUUCACACAAUGUGUAAGCGCCAGCCUUUUCUCCCAUCAGUAUCUGCACUCGAAGGACGUCAUCCACAGGGACAUCAAACCCCUGAAUAUCCUGAAACACGAAGAGGGAACCGUCAAACUUGGGGAUUUCGGACUCGCCAAGAUAAUUCGGUCCAAGAAAGAUAUCCAGGCUUCUGUUGUGGGAACAGUCAUUUAUGCAAGUCCAGAACUUCAUCUAAGGUCUGUGUGUGAUGCCAGAGGGGAUAUGUGGUCGCUGGGGUGCACUCUCUAUGAACUGUGCAAGUUAGAACCAGCCUUUAGGAAUGCCUCCGAGAUGCUGAGAUUCAUACAGAAGCGAGGAACUUUAAGACCGCUGCCAAGCUCAUACUCGGGCAAGACAAAUGACCUCAUCAACGCCCUCCUCCAAGCCUACCCAAACGAGCGUCCUACUGCCGCAAGAGACAAGAAAAUCCUGGAGGAUCCUUCAGCGGGAUCCUGCGACCCGAGAAUGGUUCCCCCUGAAGCAAAGAAACAGGUUCUGGAGUCUCCCUGUGGCAAAGGGCGCGUUGGAAAUGUUCCCAAGGACCCAAGAAAAGGUCUUCUUGGAGCAAAGAGACAGGUUCUGGAGUCUCCCUGUGGCAAAGGGGGCGCCUACAAUGUUCUCAAUGAAGGUCAAAUCUUUCGAAGAGGUCCUAGUCACACACUGUCGCCCCAGGAAGUCGGAAAGCGGCUGAUGGUGAUCAUGGGGUCUCCGUUACCGCCUGGUCAGGGUAUUGAUAUUCAGUGGUAGGAAAACUGACGGCUCAGGCCGAUGAGAGGUGUAUGAAAAUGUGGAAUUGUUUAUUUUAACUCAUGUGACAUUUUAAUUUAAUUUAACGGCGAGCUUUUAGUGAAAUAUUAUUAGAACAUACUUUGUGCGAUACUUUAAGUUUUGAACUGAAGCCAUAUCACUCCCAUAUUAAAUGAUUUAAGUUGAUUGAUGUAGGUUUGAUUAUGUAUUAAAAAAAAAAAAAACUGCCAGUUUCAGGUGUAACUAUUGUAUAUGAGGGGAACUGGAGUAAAUGCUUCAUUAUAUUAUUUUUAUUAAUACUUGUAAAGCAUCAUGAAUAAAUUAAAUCUGAAAAUUA